AUGGCGUUCACCAACGACAGUGCAACAGAAGCUGCCGUGGUUGUCGCCCCCUAUCUGGCGGCCGUGGCCAUCGUUGACAAGGCCAAGCUCAAGCUACAGGCGUCCAUCGUCUCUACGCUGACCAAGUGCAUCCCCUCCUGGAACGACGUGGUGCCCGACUCCGUCGACGUAGAGCAUCUGGGCGGCGCCAUGACCAACCUCAUCUUCUCAGUGCACAAGCCCGAGGGGAAAGACCGCGACGUUCUCGUGCGCGUGUACGGAGAGGGCACCGAGUCUUUCUUCUCGCGUGUGGAGGAGACGCGGCUGUUUCAGCUGUUGAGCGACAAGAAAAUCGGCGUGGAGCUACUAGGCCAGUUCGCCAACGGCAGAGCCGAGAAGCUCAUCCACGGCUCUACGUACACGAGCAAGCGCAUGCGUCUGCCCGACGAGUCUCGCAUCAUCGCCAGACAGCUGCGUGUGUUCCACGAGUUGGACAUCGACAUCGACCGCAAACCCACAUACAUCUCGAGUGUCCGCAAGUUGCUGGAGGUGGCACGCGUCAAGUGCACAGCCGACACGUUCAAGGACAUUUUGGACCUCAAGCAGGUGGCCAGCGACGUGGAUGAGAUGGAGAAGAUUCUGGCCGAGGUCCCAUCUCCCAUUGUCCUGAGUCACAACGACAUGCAGUACGGCAACAUCAUGAAGAAGGACACUGGUGACGCAGUGCUCAUCGAUUUUGAGUACACGAGUUAUAACCCCCGGGGGUAUGACUUGGGUAACCACUUCUGCGAGUGGGCGUACGAUUACCACAAGACGGUCAACCCGCACCUGGGAGACUUCUCCAAGUACCCGACGCAGGAGCAGCAGCGCAACUUCUGUCGUGCCUAUUUGGCCGGUAAGGACGGAGAUGAGAAGGACGUGAGCGAGAACGAGAUCGAAAGUCUGCGACGAGAGGCCAACACAUACUCGCUGGCCUGUCACUUGUUCUGGGCUCUCUGGGGCUAUAUCCAGGCGUCGCAGUCGACAAUCGACUUUGACUUUUUGGCAUACGGCAAAUGCCGCUACGACGCAUUCAAGUCUCGCGUGACGCUCAAGAACUGACGCGAUUUUUCGAAUUUAUUGACGUGUUCCAGUGGUGGGACGUGAGUAG